AUCAAAAUAUGACCAUUGAGAGUUUUACAAAGUUAUAGUAAAAUAAUUUACAACAAAAUAAUGUACAGAUUAAAUUUACAGUCGAAAACAUAAAUUUAGAGUUCAUUCGAGUCACCCAUAGAUGUGUAUUCCGUUCAAUGAGAAUGCAUCAUUAUAUAAAACGCAGCUUUUGCGGUUCAUAGCGGUUGUUGGCGUUUCGAAACAAUCACAGAAAACGUUACAAAUCGCUUCAAACCGUUCUGAACCUCUUAAAAUCAAAAGCUGGUUCCAGCUAGCGUUUGCGGUUGCGGGCGGUUGCGGGAAGAUAAUUUUUUUUCUUUAAAAACAUAAUAAAUAAAAAUAAUAUUAAAAAUAUUCAAUAAAAUUUUAAAUUGAAAUAAUAGAAAUUGUAAAAUGUAUUCAUAUUAUAUUUCAAUUUAUAUUAUAAUUUUUUUAAACCAAAAUAUUUUCUAUAAAUUUUUAAAAAUUUAUAAUAUGAUUUUAUAAAUAUAAAUUUUAUAUUUAUCAUAUUAUUAUGAUUUUUAAUAUUUUUAUAAUUACAUAAAAUGUAAAUAUUGUUAAAUUAUUAUUUAACAGAUGUUGCGUUUGGUAGUUUACCAGUCAUAAGAGUCCCGCAAACGCAAUAAUUUCUAACAGUUGUACCAGUCGUACAAAUCUCUAGAAAACGCUUAAAACCGUAACCAUCCGCACCCGUAAACUCCCGCGACCGUAACUGCAACCGCUGCGGUUACACCAGUCAGACCCUAAGCCUAUCAACUAAAAUACAAUUCCUAUAUUCUCCGUAUACUCCAACGUUCUGUCAUUUCAGAGAGUGAUCUGACAUCGCUUGACUUGACUUCCAUUAUGCAAAGGUCUUCUUACAAUUCCUCUAUUCGUUUCCACCUAGUAAGUUGCACUACCACCACUUGCAUUUCGUUAGUCCCGCAAUACUCAUUCUCCUCCAAAGAAAAAAGAAAAUGAGACUCUUUGUUUUACUUCUUCCCUUCAUUUCUCUUACGUUACUUGACGCAUAUGAUUUUACCGAUGAAACUGAUAGACAAGCGUUGUUGGUGUUCAAGUCUCAAGUUUCUCAAGGCAAAAGAGUUAUUUUGUCUUCAUGGAAUCACUCAUUCCCUCUAUGCAACUGGUAUGGGGUCACAUGUGGCCUGGAACACAAGAGAGUCACACGUUUGGACCUUGGAGGAUUGCAAUUAGGUGGAGUUAUAUCACCAUCUAUUGGUAACCUCUCCUUUCUUAUAUAUCUUAACCUAUCCGAUAACUCUUUUGGUGGUAACAUCCCUCAAGAGGUGGGAAACUUGUUUAGACUUGAAUACUUGGGUAUGUACUCAAAUCAUCUCGUAGGAAAGAUUCCAACCAGUCUCCCUAACUGCUCUAACUUGUUGAUGAUUGAUUUAUAUUCAAAUCAUCUUAGAGGAGGUGUUCCUUCAGAACUAGGUUCAUUACCAAAGCUUGUGAUUCUAUAUCUUGGACAAAACAAGCUGAUAGGGAAGCUCCCUACCACUUUAGGAAACUUGACAUCCAUGAAAGAAGUUGACGUUGGAGAGAACAACUUGGAAGGAAAAGUACCAAGUGAUAUAUCAAGAUUGACUCACUUGGUGUAUCUCGAAUUAUCAACGAACCAUUUCUCUGGUGGCUUUCCUUCCGCCAUCUACAACUUAUCCUUACUAACAUAUUUAAACAUCUUUACUAAUAAUUUCUCGGGAAGCCUAAGGCAUGACUUUGGUCUUUUGUUACCGAACCUUGAAGAAUUAGCUAUGGGAAGUAAUUAUUUCACGGGAAGCAUUCCAGCUACUAUCCCCAACAUCUCAUCUCUUGAAAACGUGAGAAUGGAGUUUAAUAGCUUCACAGGAAGUGUUCCUCCAAGCUUUGGGAAAGUACAGAAUCUGCAAACACUAGCACUAAACCAGAACUCUUUGGGAAGUCAAUCUGUUGGAGAUCUUGACUUCAUUGGUGCUUUGACUAACUGCACCAAACUAAAAGAUUUAGAUGUUGGUGAAAAUAGGCUUGGGGAUAACUUGCCUACUUCAAUUGCCAAUCUGUCUUCAACCCUCAUGUAUUUAAGCUUACAUACAAAUCUCAUCCACGGAAGCAUUCCUCAAGACAUUGGGAAUCUCAUAAGCCUAGAAAGACUUUGGUUGGCAAAUAAUAUGUUGACUGGACCCCUUCCAGACUCACUUGGAAAGCUUUUAGGAUUGCGUGUAUUAGGCCUCCAGUCAAAUAGAUUGUCAGGACAUAUACUAUUUUCCAUAGGCAACAACACUCGUUUAGUAUCACUCCAUCUGGCUAAAAACAGUUUCCAAGGAAUCAUUCCUCCGAGUCUUGGUAACUGUAGUUACCUGCUAGAUUUAAAUCUUGGGUAUAAUAAGUUGAAUGGGAUUAUACCUCAGGAGAUUAUGAACAUUUCAUCUCUUUUUACUCUUAGCAUCCCACAUAAUUUCUUAUCCGGCUCUCUACCACAAGAUGUUGGACAGCUAGAACAUCUCAUUAAGCUAUCUGUUGAGCAUAAUAAAUUGUCAGGAAUACUCCCACAGGGUUUGGGAAGGUGUCUCUCAGUGGAAGAACUGUACAUGCAAGGAAAUAGCUUUGAUGGAGACAUUCCUCAUAUAAGUGGGUUGGUGGGUGUUAAAAGAGUUGAUUUGUCCAGCAAUAAUCUCUCUGGCAGUAUACCUGAAUAUUUUGCAAGCUUCUCCAAAUUGGAGGAUCUCAACCUAUCCAUUAACAAUCUCCAGGGAAGAGUGCCAACUGAAGGUAUAUUUCAAAAUGCCACAAUAGUUUCAGUAUUUGGAAACAAAGAUCUAUGUGGAGGCAUCAAAGAAAUGCAGCUAAAGCCAUGCUUUGGGGAAGCAACACUAAUGAAGACAAAGCAUUCAUCUACGCUGAAGAAAGUUGUGAUUGGGGUCAGUGUGGGCAUAGCUUUGCUUUUAUUGUUGUUGAUAGUUUCUCUUACUUGGUUCAUAAAAAGAAAGAGGAACGGACAGACGAAUAAUCAGACUCCUUCCUUAGAGGUUUUCCAUGAGAGGAUAAGUUAUGGAGAUCUUCGAAACGCAACAAAUGGCUUCUCUACGAGUAACUUGGUUGGGUCGGGCAGUUUUGGUGCUGUGUUUAAGGCAUUACUCCCUGCAGAGAACAGGGUUGUUGCAGUGAAAGUUCUUAACAUGCAGAGACAUGGAGCAAUGAAGAGCUUCAUGGCAGAGUGUGGAUCCCUGAAGGACAUUAGGCAUCGUAAUCUUGUAAAACUGUUGACGGCUUGUUCGAGUAUUGAUUUUCAAGGUAACGCAUUUAGAGCUUUAAUAUACGAGUUCAUGCCGAAUGGAAAUCUAGAUACGUGGUUGCACCCUGAGGAAGUGGGAGAGAUUCAUAGACCCUCAAGAACCUUGACACUUCUUGAAAGGCUCAUAAUUGCAAUAGACGUGGCUUCUGUUUUAGAUUAUCUUCAUGUACAGUGUCAUGAUCCUAUAGCUCACUGCGAUCUUAAGCCAAGCAACAUACUUCUAGACAAUGAUCUAACUGCCCAUGUUAGCGAUUUUGGUCUGGCUCGUCUAUUACUCAAGUUUGACCAAGAGUCUUUCCUAAACCAACUCAGCUCGGCUGGAGUAAGAGGAACCGUUGGUUACACUGCACCAGAAUACGGAAUGGGAGGACAACCAUCAAUACAUGGUGAUGUGUAUAGUUUUGGUAUUCUCCUUUUGGAAAUGUUCACUGGGAAAAGACCAACCAGUGAGAUAUUUGAGGGGAACUUUACCCUCCACAGCUACAUCAAAUCUAUGUUGCCUGAAAGAGUAAUGGAUGCCGCUGACGAAUCGAUUCUUCAUAACGGUCUAAGAGUCGGUUUCCCGAUCGUCGUGUGCUUGACGUUGGUUUUCGAGGUGGGACUUAGGUGCUGUGAAGAAUCUCCAUCAAAACGAUUGGCAAUGAGUGAAGCCACAAAGGAGUUAAUCUCAAUCAAAGAGAGGUUCUUUAAAUCAAGAAGAAGAGCCAGACAUUGAAAGCUUUUAUGAUUUCCACUCUUAUCUUUGAAACCUAUGAAAUAACCGGCUCAUUCUAAGAAGCAUGUCAUAUGGUCUCUUUAUAAUUUGUGGUUUUAGUUUCUAAAGAAAGACAUAUUUAAUGUUUGCAGACAAUGUAUGAAAUGAAUGAAUGAUGUCUUAUCAGCUU